CUGAGGAGGUGUCUCAGAACCACAACAUAACCUUUAGAGUAGGUUAUCUUGUGUUUUGUGCUUCUCUGACUGAUUAGCCUGUACAAUUUAUCAUUUAAUAUAUAUUUUUGAUUUGCACUUAAAUUAACUCACCACAUUUUCCUUUAAUCACGGAUUUGAGCUAAUGUAAUUAGUUCUUCAGUUCAUGUAAAUGGCUCAAGUCAAACAACUAUUAUCCUUUACUCUUGGAUCCACAAGAAAGAUUUACUUGCCAAAAUUAAGUUUUGCUGCAUCACGAGAGUAUUCAGCAUAUGCGCCCAAUUUUGUUGAUCCUGUGUUCAGAAAGGAAGAUAUCAACAAGUUAAAAGAAUCUGGUGAAGCAAAAAAACUAGCUCAUGUUCCUAUUAAAGCUGCAAAAACUGAGCAAACAUCUUCUGAGUUUUAUGACCAUCAGUUAGAAAGAUUUACAAAUUAUGUGAUGAGAGAAGGAAGAAAAGGGCUUGCCAGAAAAAUAGUUAGUCAGUCCCUUCAGCAAGUAAAAAGGAUACAAAUCCAGAGAUACCACAAGGAAAUGGAUCCAGAUGAAAAGGCAAAAAUUGUGUUGGAUCCUUUAAAAGUGUUCCAUGCAGCUGUUGAGAAUUGUAAACCUCUGCUAAAGCUCACUCCUGUUAAACGAGGUGGCGCUACCUAUCAGGUUCCUGUUCCUAUAACUCCUCAAAAAGCCACAUUUAUGUCUAUGAACUGGCUAAUAGAACAAGGGAAAGCUGAACCAAAAACAACUAGAUUUUAUUUUAAAUUAGCUAAUGAAUUAGUGAAUGCUAGUAACGGACAGGGUCGUGUAAUAAAAAAGAAAGAAGAUUUACACCGGCAGUGUGAAGCAAAUAAAGCAUAUGCUCAUUAUAGAUAAUUUUUUAAUAAAUAACUUUGCAACUUUACAUAAGAGCUUUAUUUGUGUGUGUUAUGUUUUAUAUCAAUCUGUAAAAUAUAUUUAGUUGUUGCAGCAUAGCAUUUCUUCUUUUAGUAAUUUUGAGUUCAC